AUGGCUCAGUGCAAGCCUAAAACAGGACGUAUUUCUGUUUUACUUUGUUUACUGUACCUGGUUUUUACCCUGCUGGAGGUUUCCCAUGCGGGCGGAUUUGACAGUUUGGGGCUGACCUAUGGUCUCAGGUCGGACUUAUCCGAGGACGCCAUUCUGGUGGCCAACAAUGGAAUCCGGGUUCCUUUUGGGAGAUCUGUUUUUAUUGACCCUAUUAACGAUCUGGUCCUUCAGGUUCGACCAGGAGACAAGUGCACCAUCACAGUUUUGGACAAUGACCCGCUGUCUCAGAAACCGGGUCAGCUGAGCCCCAAAAAGUUUCCGUGUGAGUUUGGACCCAGUGAUGUAAAGUACUCGCAUUUUGGCUCUCGGAGCCCCUCCAAAGACAGAGUAAGACUCCAGCUGAGUUAUGACUCCCAGACUGACACAGUAAUCAUCCCGUUCAUGAUGGAAGUGGAGGUGAUCUUCACCCAGCUGGAGAUUCUGACUAAAAACAUGCCUCUGACUGUCGAGAAACUUCUAGAAAUUAGCAAUCCCAUCGAUAAGAAGAUUCUGGAGUUCACUUAUGAUCGAAAUCUGUAUCAAUGCAAAGUAACAUCUCUUGCAGGUGCUGGUGUCCUGCCCAGGUAUGGAAAACUGGUUGAUGAUGGUAAACUGGGCAAAAUGGUUGACUGUGAUGAAUUCACCAGGCUGAAUGUUCGUUAUCGCCAUACGUUCACACAGCGCUCUCCUAAUCGUGAUUACGUCCCAAUGUUUGUUGAGCUUCAAGACAAAGAAGGUAACGUCCUAAAGCAGGAGUUCUUUCAAAUUAUGGUGCGGAUCAAAGAGGGCGAGGAAAACACAGCUCCCAAACCUAGUUUUGUAGCCAUGAUGAUGAUGGAAGUUGACCAGUUUGUGAUGACCGCAAUAACCCCUGACAUGCUAGAUGCGGAGGAUGUUGAAUCCGCUCCCGAUGACUUAAUCUUUAACAUCACAUCUCCUUUGUCAUUUGAGGAGGGAUAUAUUGUUAGCACAGAUGACAGGAAUCUACCCAUUACAUCCUUUUAUCAGAGUGAUCUCAGGGAUCUUAAAAUAGCCUAUAAGCCUCCGUCGGAGGACUCAAAUUCGGAGAGACUUUUCCAAAUCGAGUUUGUAGUCGUGGACACAGAGGGAGCUGUCUCCGACCCAUUUGCUUUCAUGAUUGUAGUUAAGCCCAUGAACACUUUAGCACCUGUUGUGACACGAAACACAGGACAGCUGCUCUACGAGGGCCAGUCUAGACCACUUUUCACUUUACAAAACCUCCAGAUUAGUGAUGAGGACAACUUAAAUGAUGUAAAAGUGACUGUGAUUGAUGGGCUGAGGCAUGGUGAACUUACAGUGAUUGGAUCAAGGAAUAAAUUCUUUACACCUGCUGAUCUGGAUCAAGGUGCUGUGAUCUACCAGCAUGACGGCAGCGAUACAUACAGCGAUAAUAUAAUUUUCCGCAUGACAGAUGGGAAACAUGAAGUGGAAUUCCUUUUUCCCAUAACUGUAGUGCCAACCGAUGAUGAGCCACCGAUUAUUAACGCCAAUACUGGUUUAGUUCUAUUAAAAAAUCAGAUGAUGCCAAUUACAACAUCAAUGCUCAGUGCUGCAGAUAUCGACUCUGAAGACUCGACUAUUAGAUUUAUCAUUGAGGCACCUUUCUCAACUAUCGGAGAGGUGUUGCUCCGUCAAUCAGAUGCUCCAGAAGAUCCAUCCACGUGGAAGUUUAAUUCUGAAGAUGAGAUGUAUGAAAAAGCAGUGACCGAAUGGCUUCAGCAGGACAUUACAGAUGGAAAGUUGUUUUACAGGCACAUCGGCCCUCACAACACCCAGGCCAUCACUGAUCAGUUCGUUUUCCGAGUUCAAGAUGAUAAUGACCCACCAAACCAAUCAGGAGAAAAUGUAUUUAUUAUUAAAAUUCUCCCUGUUGAUGACAUCCCACCAGAGAUUUACCCUGGCACCACUUUGCAACUAACAGUGCAUGAAUACCAGCUCACUGUCUUCCGUAAGAAAUUCCUACGGUACACAGAUUUGGACUCUGAGGACAGAGAUUUAAAGUAUACAAUCACUCAACCACCAACUGAUACAGACGAGAACAGCCCUGGUAUCCUGGGAGCCAUUGUUUUAACCGAGAGUCAGAAUACAGAGGUCACAGAGUUCACUCAAGCUCAGAUAAACCAUCACAAGAUUUCAUACAAGCCUCCUGAUCUCGAGCUGGGAAUAACUCCACACGUCGUCCAGUUCAACUACACAGUUGAAGACAUGGCAGGAAACAGUGUCAGUGGAGUGUUUACCAUAUUUCUACAGCCGGUUGACAACAAGCCACCACAGAUUACCAACACUGGUUUUACUGUGCUGGAGCGUGGCGCACAUGUUAUAACUGGCAGUGAGCUCAAUACGAUGGACCCUGACACGGAUAGCACAAAGAUAACGUUUACGCUCACCCAGCCUCCUCAGCAUGGACAGAUUCUGGAUACGUUUAACCCUCUGAGCAAAGGGGAUUCUUUUAACUCCGAUGAUAUUGCUCAUGGUAGGAUCGCGUUUGUUCACAACGGAGAUGAGCUGACAAAUGAUUUCUUUCAGAUUGAUGUAAGUGAUGGCGUCCAUGUAGUUCCAAUUACAGUGAAAAUAAAUGUGAAGCUUAUCGAUGAUGAAACUCCAACCAUAAACCUACCUGAGGGCACGAUAGGCUCCUACAUUGACGUUUUGGAGAACGGCGCUACAGCAAUGACUGCUAACGUCAUUCAAGGAAGAGAUGAAGACACAGAUGACCUUAGACUUACAUAUAUAGUCGAGGACCCACCUGUUUUUGGGGAAAUACUUGUGAAUGGAGUCCCGUCCAGGCGUUUUACCCAAGCAGACAUCAUCAGCGGCUUAGUCGUUUAUACACAUAUAAGUGGUGAGAUUGGCCUGGCAACAAAAGAAGACUUUUUUAAUUUGACUCUUACUGAUAUGUCUGAUGAAUGGACAUUCGGAGGUAAUAAAAUCAAGGGUGUCAGAGUGCAUGUAACCAUCCUGCCGAUUGACAGCCAAGCACCGAAGGUGUUUGUUGGCAACCAGUUCAGUGUUGUCGAAGGUGAGAAAAAUAUCAUUCAGAUAGCACACAUAAGUGCUUCUGAUAUAGACACUCCCAACGAUGACCUUUUGUGCACCAUCAUCGUUCAGCCAACGGCAGGUUAUGUGGAGAACAUCUCCCCUGCUCCGGGUUCAGAAAAAUCCAGGUCUGGAACUGCAAUCAGCGCGUUUACCAUUAAAGAUAUUAAGCAGAAUCAUAUCUAUUAUGUUCAAAGCAUUCAUAAAGGAGUGGAGCCUGUUGAGGACAGGUUCACGUUCAGGUGUUCAGAUGGCAUCAAUUUUUCAGAGAGACAUUUUUUCCCCAUCGUGAUCAUCCCAUCCAACGAUGAGAAGCCGGAGAUCCACAUGAGAGAGUUUGUUGUCAUGGAGGGCAUGAACGUUGUCAUAGAUACUCCUAUACUAAAUGGCGUCGAUGCUGACGUUCCCACAGAUGAGUUGACGUUCAUUAUUACCAAACCUCCCAAACAUGGCUUUAUUAUUAAUCAGUUAACCUCUGGCACCGUUCCCGUGACCAAUUUCACCUUGGACCAAAUCAGAGAGGCCUCCAGUAUUGUUUAUGAGCAUGAUGAUUCAGAAACAACCGAGGACAGUUUUAAAGUUCUUCUCACAGAUGGAAAAUUUACUGUGGAAAAAACAGUCAUUGUUUUGGUUAUCCCAGUCGACGACGAAACGCCCAGGAUGGCGAUAAAUGAUGGUCUUGAAAUUGAGAUAGGAGAGGUGAAAGAUAUUACCAACAAAGUUUUAAAAGCGACAGAUCUGGAUUCUGAAGACAGCACACUGACGUAUAUAAUCCGAUACGGUCCAAAUCAGGGAAUCCUACAGAAGAGGAUGCCAUUCGGAACUUUACAGAACAUCACCAUCGGAAUGAACUUUACACAAAGUGAAGUUGAUCAAAAUUUCAUCAUCUAUAUACAUAACGGACAGGAAGGAAUUCGGGACCUUAUCAAAUUUGAUGUCACCGAUGGCAUCAACCCACUAAUCGAUCGAUACUUUUAUGUAACAGUCGGUGGAAUAGAUGUGGUGUUCCCUGAUGUUGUCAGCAAGGGGGUCUUUCUGAAAGAAGGUGGUAGAGUUACCCUUACCACAGAUUUACUCAGCACUAGUGAUCUCAACAGCCCCGAUGAGCACCUGGUAUUUACCAUCACUAGAGCUCCCAUGAGAGGGCACCUAGAGUGUACUGAUUCACUCGGGAUGCCCAUAACCUCGUUCACUCAGCUUCAGCUGGCUGGCAGCAAAGUCUACUACAUCCACACCUCAGACGAUGAGGUUAAAAUGGACAGUUUUGAGUUUGAAGUGACGGACGGCUACAACCCGGUGUUCAGAACCUUUCGCAUUUCCAUAACGGACGUUGAUAACAAAAAGCCUGUUGUCACUAUACACGGACUGGUAGUUAAUGAGGGGAAAAGUAGGUUAAUCACUCCUUUCGAGUUGACAGUAGAGGAUCGAGACACAGUCGACCGACUCCUAAAAUUCACCAUCACCCAGUUACCCAUUCACGGAAAGCUGCUGUUCAACAAUACCCGACCCACCACAUCCUUCACCAAGCAGGAUAUUAAUGAAAACCUGAUAAGCUACAAGCAUGAUGGGACAGAAUCCGCGUCCGAUAGCUUCUCCUUUACCGUUACGGAUGGAACCCAUACCGACUUCUACAUCUUCCCAGACACCGUGUUUGAAACGCGCAAGCCACAAAGAAUGAAGAUCACAAUUCUUUCAGUGGACAAUGGUGUUCCACAGAUUGUGGUCAACAAGGGUGGAACAGCACUGAAAAUGCUGCCCACUGGUCACCUGGGUUUUGUGAUUACCAGUAAAGCACUGAAGGCUGAGGACAGAGACAGUCCACACGGAGCUGUGACUUUUAAAGUUACAGUGGGAGCGGAGCAUGGUUACCUCAUCGACCUGGGCAAGGGGAAUGCCACCAUCACCACAUUCACCCAAGCUGACAUCAAUGACAUGCACAUCUGCUACGUUCUCCGAAAUAAGAACAACGCCACAAGUGACUCCUUCUAUUUUUCUAUCGAAGACAACGGAGGAAACAAGCUGAAGAACCAGCAGUUCAGGCUGACCUGGGCGUGGAUCUCUCUGGAGAAGGAGUACUACAUGGUGGAUGAGGAGGCCAAGGUGCUGGAGGUGGUGCUGAAACGCAGGGGGUACCUCGGCGAGACCUCGUUCGUCAGUAUUGGCACCAAAGAUGGUACAGCGGAGAAGGAUAAAGACUUCCGAGGUAAAGCCCAAAAGCAGGUCCAGUUUAACCCAGGUCAGACCAGCGCCACCUGGAAGGUCCGGAUACUCACAGACAACCUGUAUGAACAGUCAGAAACCUUCCAGAUUUUCCUGUCUGAGCCUGUGAUGGGGGCACUGGAGUUCCCCCAGUCUGCUACAGUGGAGAUUAUCGACCCUGCGGAUGAGUCGACGGUGUUCAUCCCCGCAGCUACAUACCUGGUCGAAGAAGACAUCGGAGAGCUUCUGAUUCCUGUCCGCAGGUCCGGAGACGUCAGUCAGGAGCUGAUGGUUAUCUGUUUUACACAGCAAGGUUCAGCGACUGGAACUGUUCCCACCACCGUCCUGUCCUAUUCAGACUACAUCUCACGGCCUGAGGAACACACCAGCGUUCUGCGCUUUGACAGGGAUGAAACGGAGAAGCCGUGCCGCGUAGUGAUUAUAGACGACUCACUGUACGAACCUGAGGAGAGCUUUAACGUCACCCUCAGCAUGCCUAUGGGAGGCCGCCUCGGUCAGGUGUUCUCAACCACGAGGAUCACCGUCUUACCUGAUUCAGAUGAUGCACCGGUGUUCUACUUUGGAGAAAUCGAGUACCACGUGGACGAGAGCGACGGCUUCGUGGAGGUUCGGGUUUGGAGGACCGGAAGUGACCUCUCCAAGACGGGAACGGUUACAGUACGCUCUCGAAAAACUGACCCUUUUUCUGCUGAAGCUGGUGAGGACUAUGUGGGAAUCAGUAAGAAUCUGGACUUCACACCGGGUGUCACUAUGCAGACGGUUCGCGUCACCAUUCUGGACGAUCUGGGCAAACCUGUUCUGGAGGGGCCUGAGAAGUUCGAGCUGGUCCUUCGCAUGCCUAUGAACGGCAUCCUGGGAGAACCGGGCAAAACCACCAUCUUGAUUAACGACUCAGUUUCAGACUUACCCAAGGUGCAGUUUCGUGACACAGUCUACACAGGCAAUGAGAACGACGGGCAGAUCACGGCCAUCAUUUACCGCAGUGGAGACGUGAGAUACAAAUCCACUGUGCGCUGCUACAGCCGUCAGGGUUCGGCUCAGGUCAUGAUGGACUUCAACGAGAGGCCCAACACAGAUGCUUCCAUUAUCACAUUCCUACCAGGGGAGGUGGAGAAGCCCUGUACUCUUGUUCUGGUUGAUGACACAGAGCAUGAGGAGGUCGAGGAGCUCAGGCUGGUGCUGGGGAGCCCCAAAAGUGAGUCUCCGUUUGGGGCCUCCAUAGGGGCUCAGAACGAAACGCUCGUCAAGAUCAAGGACGACGCCGACAAGGCCAUUAUCAAGUUCAAGCUGACCAAGUUUAGCAUCAGUGAACCCGGUGAGGCUGGACAGGUUUCUGUGGUGAAGGUACCAGUGCUGCGAGUGGGCGACACCUCCAAGGUGUCAGUGGUGAGAGUGCACACCAAAGACGGAUCAGCAACAUCCGGAGAGGAUUAUCAUCCUAUAUCACAAGACGUCCAAUUCAAAGAAGGAGAGACGGAGCACACGGUGGAGAUCGAGAUCUUGUAUGACGGCGUGCGGGAAAUGAGGGAAGCGUUCACAGUCCAUCUGAAACCGGAUGAGAACAUGGUGGCUGAGAUCCAGAUGACCAAAGCCAUCGUCUACAUUGAGGAGGGAAACAGUAUGGCGGACGUGACCUUCCCCGCAGUUCCAGUGGUCAUAUCACUCCUGCAGUAUGAUGAUUCAGUCAGUGCCAGAAAUACCCAACCGGCCGCUGGAUACCCCGUCAUCUGUGUCACGGCCUGCAACCCUAAGUACCCAGACUUCGAGCGCACCGGCUCCAUCUGCGCAGGAGAGCACAUUAACAACACGCUGACCCGUUACCGCUGGCUCGUGAGCGCUCCCGCGGGGCCCGAUGGUGUCACCAGCCCUAUGAGGGAGGUGGACUUCGACACCUUCUUCACCUCCUCCAAACGCAUCACUCUGGACUCGGUGUAUUUCCAGGCAGGGUCGCGUGUUCAGUGUGCAGCCAGGGCGGUGAACUCCGGCGGGGAAGAGGGGCUCGAGCUGAGCAGUGCCAUCGUGUCUGUUAGUGUGGAGGAGGGUUUGUGCCAGCCUCGAGUCCUGGGUGCGGUGGGUGCUGAGCCCUUUUCUGCCAAACUGCGCUACACGGGUCCAGACGACUCUGAACACCCCAACCUCAUCAAGCUGAUCGUCACCAUGCCACACAUAGACGGCAUGCUCCCUGUGGUCUCGACACGUCCUCUCUCUAACUUCGAGCUUACCCUGAGCCCAGACGGCACCCGGGUAGGGAACCACCGCUGCUCCAAUCUGCUGGACUACAGCGAGGUCAGAACACGGCACGGCUUCCUCACCGAGGCCACACGCAACCCGGAAGCCAUCGGGGGCACGGCACCCUACCAGUACAGCUCCACCCUGAGGGGGGAGAGCACACUGCGCUUCUACCGUAACCUCCACCUGGAGGCCUGCCUGUGGGAGUUCGUCAGCUACUACGACAUGUCCGAGCUGCUCAGUGACUGUGGAGGAACCAUCGGGACGGACGGCCAGGUGUUGAACCUGGUGCAGUCGUACGUGACACUGCGUGUACCCCUGCACGUCUCUUACGUCUUUCACUCUCCGGUGGGUGUUGGCGGCUGGCAGCACUUUGACCUGCAGUCUGAACUUAGACUUACCUUCGUCUAUGACACGGCCAUCCUGUGGAGAGACGGCGUCGGCAGCCCACCCGAGGCCGAACUACAAGGAGCACUCUAUCCUACAAGCAUGCGCAUCAAUGAGCAAGGCCGUUUGGUGGUUAAUUUUCGUACAGAGGCACGCUUCAGGGGUCUUUUUGUGAUGUCCCACCCCGCUUCUUCUCUGACCUCGAUGAUUAUGUGCAUGGAUCAUCCUGGUCUGACCUUUAACCUUAGCCUGGUAAGGAGCGAGCCCACCUACAACCAGCCCAUGCAGCAAUGGACCUUCAUCUCUGACUUUGCUGUGAGGGAUUAUUCAGGUACAUAUACAGUAAAGCUGCUUUCCUGCACUGCCCCUCCAAACCUGGACUACACGCUUCCUCCAGUGUGCAAUCCCAGAGAGCCGGUCACAUUCGACCUGGACAUCCGCUUUCAACAGGUGAGUGACCCGGUAGCUGCAGAGUUUAGCUUGAACACACAAAUGCUGCUGUUGUCGAAAAGGACUCUGUGGCUGUCGGACGGCUCCAUGGGCUUUGGUCAGGAGAGCGACACUGCGUUCUCUGAAGGUGAUAUCAUCUACGGCCGGGUCAUGGUGGAUCUUGUGCAGAAUCUCGGAGACUCGUUCAUCUGCAACAUUGAGAAGGUGUUCCUGUGUACGGGGGCAGACGGUUACGUGCCAAAAUACAACCCUGAUAACUUUGAGUAUGGCUGCUUAGCUGAUGCUCCAUCCCUCCUCUACAGGUUCAAGAUUAUUGACAAAGCUCAGCCGGAGACUCAGGCCAGGACGUUUGGAAGCAUCAACUUUAAUGCUUUCCUGGCUGUUGAUGAUACUGGAGCUUUAGCACUGGUGAGACAGCCUGGAUCAGACGGCUUUAGGCUCGAUUCAGCACCUCUGUUUCAGGUGUCUUCUGGCAGAGAAUGGUACAUCCACACCAUCUACACCGUACGCUCCAGAGACAACGCCAACCGAGGCAUCGGCAAGAGAAGUGUCGAGUACCACCACAUAUCUGAACCCCAGCACGCCAUUCAGAGCCACUCUCGUUCCAGAAGGUCGACCGGUGGCGUCCCUCCUCUGGCGAAGGAUAUCGGUGCUGAGAACGAGCGAGGAACCAACAUCCUGCACAUCGCUCUGGAGCGCAGUGGGGCGAGGCAGCACCGGCCCGACGUCAACAUCCAAAAAGUGGUCGUUACCACGGGAUCCAAGCCGAACGACACAGGAGACGAUCAGGUUAUAAUGAUUGUAGGAACUUUAGUGGGUGUCCUGUUAAGUGUCAUCCUCCUGGUACUUGUGGUUCUGUUGGUUCGUUCGAGGAAGGACAAGGAGAAGGUUACAGAGUCUCCGAAAAGCUCCACCAGCACAGAACCCAUGAUGACACGAGGCUGUGACAGUAACGACAGUUCGGAGGUCUGAACACUUUUAAUAGAGACUCAUUAGAACUUUUGCAAGUGCCUCUUAUUUAAAUACCAAGACUAAAGACCUCAUACAUGGUCUUUCAUAUGCUUG